CGUGGUGAGUCCGUUUAGCAGGUAUACACUAUUGGGAAACACGUCACCGCAUCGCUGGAUUCCCAUGAUACACCGCGUCGGCAGGGACUGAAGACAAAGAGGAAGUGUUUCAAACUUUCAGCGCGCUGCCUGCUGGACGCAAAAUAUUUCUGUUCCCAAUCUGGACCUGCGAGACACAAAGUAUCCCUUUACCGAGCUAUUCAGCAGAACCCCCAUGUCUGAUGCCAUGGAUUGUGUGAAGAUGGAAUCUGUCCCCAUUAAAGAGGAGCUCCCUAAACUUGAACUGGUCCCCAUUAGACUGGUUUUCUCUGGAUUGCCUUCCCUCCCCAUGAAACAGGAGAUGACAUGUGACAGCAUCAAGUCAGAGGUGUCUGGUAUUAAAGCUGAGAGCAAUGAACUUGAGAUCCCCCAGACAGCAGGACCAGUUCCCAUUAAAGAAGAGGUGCUGGAAAUGCAGCUACCAAGCAGAACAGUGUGUGAUGCCAUGGACAGUGUGAAGAUUGAAACUGACCUGAUUAAAGAGGCGCUCCCUGAACUUGAAGUGGUCCCCAUUAGACUUUUAUCUGCACUGGCUUCCCUCCCCAUUAAACAGGAGCUCUGUGAGAUCAAGCCAGAGGUGUCUGCUCGGAUUAAAGCUGAAUGCAAUGAAUUGGAGAUCUGCCAGACAGAACCAGUUUCCUUGCAAGAAGCAGUGCUGGAAAUAAUACAUAUUAAACAGGAGCCCCUCAAAGUGGAGUUUGAACGCUUGGAACCAGGGAGGGAAGAAUCGGAGGACUUGAAAGCAGCCCCCCCUGCGCUGGGUCCUGUACGCCUGCGGGCGUGUAGUGUGGUGCUGAAGAGAAUCUGCCUGAGAGUGCAGGGCGCUGGAGCGGAAGCCAGCUCUCCCAACAGCAUGCAAGGAUGUGGAAAGGAAGACGGGGGGAGCUCACAUUCAGAGUGCAGUCCAGCAGGUUCCAGGACAGCAGCUAAAGCAAGUGCGAGCAGUGACUGUGGGAACGGUGUCACCAAGUCAGGAGGUUUUAGAAUACUCCAGCGCACGCGCAGAGGAAAGAAACCGUAUCGCUGCUCUGACUGUGGGAAGAGUUUCAGUCAGUCAGGAAACUUUAAAACACACCAGCGAAUUCACACAGGAGAGAAACCGUAUUCCUGCUUUGACUGCGGGAAGAGUUUCAAUCAGUCAGGACACCUUAAAAAACACCAGCAAAUUCACACAGGAGAGAAACCAUAUCCCUGCUCUGACUGUGGGAAGAGGUUCAGUCGGUCUGGAAACCUUAAAUCACACCAGCGAAUUCACACAGGAGAGAAACCGUAUCACUGCUAUGACUGUGGAAAGAGGUUCAGUCAUUCAGCAGCCCUUGUAACACACCAUCGAAUUCACACAGGAGAGAAGCCGUAUUGCUGUUCUGACUGUGGAAAGAGGUUCAGUCAUUCAGCAGCCCUUGUAACACACCAUCGAAUUCACACAGGAGAGAAGCCGUAUCACUGCUCUGACUGUGGGAAGAAUUUCAGUAAGUCAGGAAACUUUGUUUCACAUCAGCAUAUUCACACUGGAGAGAAACCUCAUCACUGCUCUGACUGUGGGAAGAGUUUCAAUCAGUCAGGAGACCUUAAAACACACCAGCGAAUUCACACCGGAGAGAAACCGUAUCCCUGCUCUGACUGUGGGAAGGGGUUCAGUCACUUGGGAGAUUUUGUAAAACAUCGGCGUGUUCACACAGGAGAGAAACCGUAUCACUGUAGUGAUUGUGGGAAGGGUUUCAGUUCGUCAGGAUACCUUGUUAUACACAAACGUCUUCACACAGGAGAGAAACCGUAUCACUGCUCUGAUUGUGGGAAGGGUUUCAGUCAGCAAGGAAACCUUGAAAGACACCAGCGAACUCACACAGGAGUGAAACCGUAUCACUGCUCUGAUUGUGGGAAGAGUUACAGUAAUUCAAGAUCCCUUGUAAAACACAGGCAAAUUCACACAUGAUAAAGAAUGAAUUGCUGCUCUGACUGGGAAGUUUCUGUAAGUCAGGACACCUUGUAAGACACCAGAGAAUUCAUGUAAGAGAGAAACAAAAAAACCUUGAAAUUUCUGUGAUAACUUUUCAUCCAUUUUGCUCAGAAGAGCCAGCUUCUGUUUCAUUAUAGCAGAGCUGACUAGUGUGGGGGCCUGAGCUGAGUAGACACACUGCCAGAAAUCUUUAAUUAAAUUUGCCCUCAGUUUGAAUAUGAACACCCAUUUUAAAUUUUUACUAAUAUGAAUAAUAAGGGUUUUUAGUAAGUUAUUUUUGUAAUUUAAUUUUCAAAAGAAAAAAAAAAUAAUGACUAUUGUCAGAAUUGCAGUUAUUUAGAGAAUAUACAAUGCAGUUUGUAAACAACCAUUGUUAACAAUAAAUAUUGUACAUAAACUCAUCAGUACUAUACAUACACAAUGAGGUGCCUGUUCCCUGUGUGAACACAUUUUAAAGUAAGCCUGGAGUAUUAUUACUGGACAGUCGGCAUUUAAUAAACUUUUUUUGUAAUGGGCUAGAAUUUAGUUAAUAGUGUAAUUGAUUAGAUUUAUUUAUACUCAAAGAAUAAAUAUUUGGGCAUAAAUUAAUUCUAUGCUUUGCUAUCAUCAACAGUGGUGCCAGUUCUUUCUGUAUUCAUGCAUUACAUUUGAAUGACAGACAUAUACAGUCCUGCUGUCCAUACAGGGAGUUUUUGAGUUUAACAUCCUAAUGCAGAGAAGCUUUCAUGGGGGAGAAAUUAGAUUCAAUUGGGUAGAAAAACUCCUAUAUGUAAACUACUGGACCUAAUAUAUAUCCAAUAUUUCUAAAUUUGUAAUGUCUAUGAUAUGGGAUUUUGAAUUGUCACUGAAAUGCAUCUUUUCUACGUGCAGUAUUUCUAUAUUAACACACACACACACACUUCUUAUUUGUACUGCCUUUCAGUGGCGCAUGCUCAUGUGGUUUGGAAAUCCCACUCACAUGCUGAUAUCGGCUCCAUUUCUGACACCCACCAGGCACUGCAGGAUAGAAUCGAAUGAAUCGCAGAGAAAAUGCAGGGAUUUCUAAAUAGAACACAUAAAAACAUCACCUUUUCAAAUCUACUUCAAUGAAAAGGAAAUGGAAACCUGCUGCAGUGCAUUGAAAUAACUACUGUCAGGAGCUCAGGAGUUACCUGGGAAUCGCAUUAUAACUUGUGCUUCUGUUUUUCAGGUUCUAUUGUAUUUUUCAGUGAUUUAUUUUGAGCUAUUUUCAAGUUUUAUGUAAAUCGUUUUCUUUUCUGGGCUUUUAUUUUUGAUAUACUGUAUGAAAUUAAAGUUUUCGGUUACUUUUCAAAAUGAGUUUUUUUUUUUUUUUUUGUCAAAAGAUGUAUAAUAGGAACUCGACAGUACUUCCAUACUGAAGUUAUACCUUUAUUUCCAUUGUGGUCCUCCACAAUGAAACCCUUAUGGUCACAGGCACAUUCUUCUGGGGUUUUUGUGUAAGCAUUUUUGUACAUUGCCACAAUUCUGUUUGAAAUCUUCCAUCUCUUGAAAUCCCGCUAACAAGCCUCCAUCAUGAUUGUAAUCUUGUUUUAAAUCUUGCAAGCGGAGUCUCCAAUAGAAAUGUAGGAAUGUGCUGUCAGUCAGUAGAUGGGGCGGGUUUAAAGUAUUCAGAACGAAUCAAUGAUAGAUGCAAGUCAGGAAAGCAGGACAUUGCCCAGCAGCACUGGGAAAUGUAUUUAUUAUUAUUUUUGUCGUAGGUUUUAUUUUUUUAAUGGGAAUAGGGUGAAGUCAACAUGAAUUGAUUAACCAUUUCCAGUUUUUCCGGUGCUUUCCAGUGUUUAUUGGCUAUCCACCGAUUUUAAUUUUUUCUUCUUUUUUUUCGUUUUAUCGGGGGUGUUUUAUCGGUUAAAACCGAAAAUCAAAAGCCCUAUUUAUAACUUUAAUAAUAAAACCUGCUGCAAUGCACUGAAAUAACCACUGGCUGGAGCGCUGGAGUCAACUGGAAAUUAUGUAACCAUAAAACUCCCCAUCAUCUAUUUAGACACUUCUAUUUGUUGAAAAUGUUGACAACAAAAUUAAAUUCUUAUAUUUGAAAAAAGAAAACAUGCAUAUUUUGUUUUUAAAUAGAAAAAAUGUGUUGAAAGAAAACUGUCCAAAAAUAAGAAAAAAAAAACAGUGAAUGUGGGUUGAUUGACAGCAAUUGCCAGUUUCAUAUAAUUAAUGAUAUUGACCCGCUCUUAUUUCUAAACAAUUUAGUGGAGGAUUUGUUGGGUAUUUGUCCUUCAACACCAGUAGCCUACAAUAUAAAUAAUAUUAUAAAAAUAUAAAGCUACAGUACUUCUCAAUGAAAUCUCAUUUAUGCCUCAUUUCCAGUUCUGGCACGUCCGGGCCGGACGCGUCCCGCUGCGUCUGUCCCAGCGCCCGUUCAUGAACUUUUUUCAAACCAGGCCAUUGUUGGAAGUUCUUUU